CGUUAAAACAACGUAAGAGGUCUGGACAAGAUAUAUAUCAGGAAAGACAGACAGAGGGAGAGACAACCCAACCAUGAACGUGGAAGAGGAGGUCGGGCGGCUCAAGGAUGAGAUCAAGAGACUGGGCACGAUCCAGUCUGAUGGCUCUUACAAGGUGACAUUUGGCGUGCUGUUCAACGACGACAGAUGCGCCAACAUAUUUGAAGCACUCGUGGGAACCCUUAGAGCGGCGAAGAAACGCAAAGUCCUGUCGUAUGAUGGCGAGCUGCUGCUGCAAGGUGUCCAUGAUAACGUCGAGAUCACGCUCAUGCCCCUUCCACCGGCUGCUACAUCUUGAGCUUAUAUGGAGAGUUGAAAAGGAGGAAGCCGUAUAAGCUUCCUCUUUCUACGUAUUGUGAUAUUGCGCCCUGUAACAAACUACUAUGUUCGGGGAGUUCAAGGUUGGGUCUCCCUCUAAUGCCCUGUAAUCCACUAUGUGAAGCUCUGUGUAAUUCAGUAUUUAAUGCCGUUCAAGUGAACUUUCAAUCUCUGCCUGUAUUUCACAAGUGCUUGCAUCAUGGUUAGUUCUUUAUUCGGGAAUCUUUGGACAAGAAAGCAUUCUUAAGA